CCCCUUUGUUGCUUAAUUGUUUCAGAAUAGAACCUUCAGAGAGGCCUUGGGCAUUUUUAAUUUUUUUUUUCGAGGAAUUGGUACUGGGGUAGAGGGCUUUUGAUUUUCCAUAGCAUCUUUAUCUAGACAAACCCCCUCUCGUUUCUCUAAUGGAACAGUCCAAGAGCAGUGACCCCAUGUCGAGAGUAUUUAAACGGACGAAACAUAACAGUGUGAGAUCAGUUUUCUCCAGCAAACUCAGAGCUGCACCUGUGACUUGUAGUUGCUCGCUAGUAUCAGUGGCGAAUAGAUGACAGACACCAUCUUUGCAGAAAUUUUGAGAGUCAAUGCACCAUGGAACAGUCGCAAACAAAAGGACUCAAGAAUGGUCUGCCUGAGAUGAAUGAAAGAGAGUUUUUUCAAGAGAUGUGUAACCUCAUCGUCAAGGAAGCCAUUGAUAAAACAACAUCUGGAAAAUGCAAGGUUUUAAACUUUGUCCAUCCACACCUCUUGAGUGAGAAGAUCGAUCUUGCCAUCCGUGAUGACCCUGCAUCACAAGAAGAACUUCUCAAGCUCUGUCAACAGACAUUUGAUUACAGUGUCAGGCCAGGUCAUCCACGGUUUUUCAACCAACUCUUUGGUGGUCAAGAUCUUGUUGGUCUUGCUGGGCAAUGGAUGACCGAUGCUAUCAACCCCAGUAUCUACACGUUCGAGGUAUCACCAGUUUUUACUCUCAUGGAAUUGGAAGUACUAUGCAAGUUGCGACAGCUUUGCGGUUACAAAUCCGGUGAUGGAAUAUUUUGUCCAGGUGGAUCAAUCGCCAACAUGUAUGCCUUGAAUAUUGCUCGGUACAAACGCUGUCCAGAAAUCAAGCAAAAGGGACUGUACAACUCUCCAAGGCUGGUAGCCUUUACAUCUGAACAGAGUCACUACUCACUCAAAAAGGGCAUGGCAUUCCUAGGUCUUGGAGUUGACAACCUCGUCUCGGUCAAGUGUGAUCAAAUGGGCCGGAUGAUACCUGAAGAACUGGAGAAAGAAAUCUUAGAAGCCAAGAAUAAGGGAGGAGAUCCCUACUUCGUCUGUGCGACAUCAGGCACGACUGUGUUGGGAGCCUAUGAUCCACUCGUCCCCAUCGCUGAUAUUUGUGAGAGGCAUGGCCUGUGGCUUCAUAUUGAUGCUGCUUGGGGUGGGGGUGCCCUAGCAUCCUCCAAAUACAGCCACUUAAUGCAAGGAGUGGAGAGAAGUAACUCAUUGACUUGGUGCCAACACAAGAUGAUGGGGGUUCCUCUGCAGUGUUCUGCUUUCUUGCUUCGUGAGGAGUGUGCUAAAAAUGAUGCAAGGCCAUAUAAUGGCCUGAUGCACCACAGCCACUGUGCUGCAGCCAGCUACCUCUUCCAAAAAGACAAAUUCUACGACAUGUCCUACGACACGGGGGACAAGUCCAUUCAAUGCAGUCGCAAAGCGGAUGCUCUCAAGCUAUGGUUGAUGUGGAAGGCUAAGGGCAAUAGAGGUUUUGACGAGGAAAUUACCCGCAAGUUUGACAACUCAAGAUACAUGGCCGACCUGAUCCGAAACCGAGAAAACUUCAAGCUGCUGCUGGAGCCUCAAUGCACCAAUGUCACCUUCUGGUACAUACCACCCAGCCUCAAGGCUAUGCCUGAUGGACCAGAAUUCCAGAGAAAACUUCACAAGGUGGCACCCAUCAUCAAGGAACGCAUGAUGAAGAAUGGGACCAUGAUGAUCGGUUACCAGCCGCUAGGGGAUCACCCUAAUUUCAUCCGCAUGGUGUACUGUAACCAUGCCACCACAACCCAAGACGUAGAGUGGAUCGUUGAGGAGAUCGAACGAUUAGGUCAUGACAUUGUCAUUCCGGAUGAAAUCUGAGGCCGUUGGCUGACAUUUGGUCUUGAUCGAAACAAUUACAUGACCAUGUCAGUGAAGUCAUGCACGACCCACUACACACCUGUUGGAUACCGUGUGCCUUAUCCAGAUGACACAUCAUGGGUAAAUGCAUGCUUGUCGAGCGUUUUGUUGCAUAACCAUCGCUGUGAUUGGUCAAAACAUCGUGGGGAAGGGUCUCAUUGAUGAGUCUGUCCCAUGAGGAAAAAAAUGCACAUCUCAGAUUCUAGUCUAAGCCUAAUCUAUAGUUACAAUUAUUUGCCAAGUAAGCUUCAUUUCAGAAUUGUGCACAGCUGACAAAUUCAUUUCAUUUUUAAUAUCUUUCUGAACUGAUUUUUUUCUGUAUUCAACACUGUCAAAGUGGUAAUUUGAAAGUUUAACAUGAAAUGCUGAAGCUGUAAGAAACCCGUUUUUAAUAGUAGAUUUUUGCAUGGACAGCACGUAUGGUAUUUAGUGCAUAUUGCUGGUUUUAUCUUAAUUUCCUUUCCCUGGAGUAAUGUUACAUCCUCCAUUUGAUACUAAGAAAUUAUGCACUCAUUUACGAUCCUUACCUUCCAUCCUGCAAAGAAACACACUCUCUUUAUUUAGUAAAAAUGGAUAUAAUUUACUACAAAAUCAACCUGGGCUGAACCAAAAACGAAC